GAAAUUCAUCCGGUGACCCAGAUUGACAGCAUUACUCCCAAGUCAAGUCCCAAGUCCCAACUCCCAAGAUCAAAACCCACAAACCGUUAAAACCGAAUUUUCAAAAGUUCCCCCAAAACCCAAAAUUACUCAAAAACCCAGAAAAAUGGGGAUCCAACUUGAAUCCCAAAACCUAUUUGCUUCAAUUGACAUGGGUACUAACUCCUUCAAACUGUUAAUCAUCAGAUUCGAACCCGCGACCGCCAAAUUUACCACAGUUCAUAAACACUCAGUCGCCGUCGUUUUGGGUCGCAAUUCAUCAUCAUCAUCAACACCGUUGAUUUCACCGGAUUCCCAGUUCCGGGCAAUCGAAGCGCUCACGAAAUUCCAAGAAAUUUUAGGGUCUCACACUGUGACGCAGAUUAGGGUUGUCGGAACUUCAGCCAUUAGAGAGGCAAGAAAUCAGAGUGUCUUUAUAAAUGAGGUGAAAGAAAAACUAGGUUUUGAUAUUCAAGUGAAGGUUUUAUCUGGGGUUGAAGAAGCUAGGUUAAUUUACUUUGGUGUGCUUCAAUUUUUGCAUAUUUAUGAUAAAAAGGUUUUAACUGUUGAUAUUGGUGGUGGGUCUACUGAAUUUGUGAUUGGGGAUAAUGGAGAUGUUGUUUAUGCUGAUUCAUUGAAAUCAGGGCAUUUGACGCUGACCGAGAAAUUUGGGGAAAAUGAUUUGGUUGGAUUGCGGAGUUAUGUUCGUGAGCUGAUUGAAGUAUCUGGGUUGAUUGGGAAAGUGAAAGAGUUGGGUUUUGAGGUUGCAGUUGGAUCAUCGGGGACGAUUCGAGCGAUUGAGAAAGCGAUAUGGUGUGGUUAUGGAUGUCAUGAUGGGAAGAGAGAGGGGUUAAGGGAGAAAAGGAGUAGGAAUUGGUGGUGGUUUAGUAGGGAUGAGUUGAGGGGCCUUGUUGAGAGAUUAUGUGGGGUAGGGAUUAGUGAGACAGAGAAGGCUAGGAGGGACGGGUUUUUUGGUAGGAGGUCGGAGUUCAUUGUGGCAGGUGCAGUUCUUUUGGAAGAAAUUAUGGAGUUGCUUGGGAUCAGUGAGAUGGAGGUUUCGGGGUAUGCGUUGGGAGAGGGUGUAGUGGCUGAGAUGGUAUCUGAGGCUUUUCCAGGGAUUGAUUUGAAUGCCAAUGUGAGAUGGAAAUCAGUGAUGAGGCUAGCCAUGAGGUUUAAUGGGAAUGAUAGGAUGGAAAAUGGUGUUCAGUGCUCAGCUAUUGCGAAGGUAAUUUUUGAAGGUUUGAGGAAAUGCAACAAGGUGUUUGGAAAUCAGUUUGCUGUUGAUAUUUGUCUCGAUGAAAAGGAUCUCGAGUAUCUUGAAGCUGCUUGUAUGCUUCAUAAUAUUGGUCUCUAUCUUGGGAAAAAAGGCUACCACAAACAGUCCUAUAAUAUUCUUAUGGAACACAACCAACUAGAUGGUUACACUGGUGACGAGAAUGAGUUAAUAGCACAACUCGUUAGACAUCAUAGGAAGAAGUUCCCCAAAUUUGAAUGGCAUUUGCAAGGAUUCUCAAAAGAGGUAACACAGAAAUCUGGAAUCAUCUGCUCCAUCUUGCGUAUAUCAGUCAUCAUUCAGCAGCACAAGUUAUUGAAGCUCAGAGAGAUUGAAGUUAACAAUUCUAGUGAAGGCUUAGUAUUGGCUUUGGUAAAGAAACGGAACCAACCUAUGCUUUCCGAUCCAGAGAAAUCACUAGUCAAGGAUAUUGAGACAGAGAUAGGAAAAGAAGUGGACCUUUUUGAAGUGGUCUUUCAUCAGAAGUUAUUGGUUGUUUGUCAUAUGGACUGUUAGAGUCAUCAACAAGACAAUGAUGCUUACCUAGUUGCCUACAAUGCCUCUGAACAUACCUUAUCUGAGACCUUGUGAUGAGAGAACUUGGUACUGGUGCAAUUCUUAAACUAUGUAGCAUCUUCUUAUGUUGGAGAGGAAUAUGUAAGCUGAUUUUGUUGUUGGAUUUAUUAAUGAGAGUUCAACACUAUAUGUUGUUGUGGGCUGAAGCUUAAAGCGAUCGAAUCUUAUCCCUCUCAUGAGGACUAUAAAUUGAUCAGGCUGAUGUCCUGAACAUUCAUGUUGGAUGAGGAUUCUUGUACAAGGAUAUAACACCAAGACAAAUCAACUCAGGCCAAAACUUACAGAAACAGACAGUAGCUGAUCUGACAUCUGGACAUUUUGAAUGUACAUGCAUCUGAGUUAGUUGUCAUUGACUCGUGAUGCAAGCAACGGACAAGUGAUGGUAGAUACAAACUGCCUUUUUGAAUCUCAACUAGAGUAAUUGAAAAAAUCACUUACGUCAAACCUCGUCACCAUCACCAUCAUGAUAGGCCAUGCGCCCAUGCCGCAUGGACAAUAGAAGAUUGUCCUUUGCUAAUGACCAUAAAAAGUGACAUCAACAGCUACCCAAUCAUACAGCUACCCAAUAGAA